GUGACAGCACAGCGGAGACCAACAGCAGGGGGGGGUCGCAUGCAGCAAAGUUUUUGCAGAUAAUGGCAGUAGAUGAACCAUUCGAUUUGGUUUUCCGGGAUCCCAACUGCAGAUAUAGCCGCAGCCUGAAGCACAGAUCAUUAAAUAGAUACGGUGGAUUUUUGCACUUUUCGUGAUUGGGAGGAGUUGUUGCGUCGUUUAGAAACGCCACCAAACGUUUGUUAAGCGAUAGCUAACUAACAUAGUUAGCCACGGUCGCAGACAGGUAUGUCUGAAGUUAGUCUUGAAGCUGAAUCGGAGACCAUAACCACGGACCUGCAAAUGGAUUAUAAGGAGGAUCUUAAAACAGAGCAUUCUUUGCGAAAUGAUGAGAAUGACGACAAUUAUGAAAGUGUAGACCUUGACAAAGACCAUUCCCCCACUGAUGCCAAUCAUGUGGAAAGCGGGUUUCAGGAGGUGAACCCACAGUUAGAUACAGAUGUUCAGAGUGUCUGUAAGGGCUCAUGCAGUGACACAGAUGUUGAGAACAGCGGAGAUGCUGUGAUCACGAAGGGCAGUGCAGACGAUGAGGAGCAGCACGUUACAAAUCACCACACUAACACUUCAGAAACACCAGAGGCAAAUGGAGAAACUUGCCCUCAAACUCAGGAAACCCCCAUGGCUGAGGAUUCCCAUAGAAGUUCCGCUGCAGAGAUCCCCAUCACCAGCAACGGCGAGAUGGACCUGAGCUCUGAAAAGGACUCUUCUACUUCUCCCGGUCCUCCCAGUGGACCUAACCUCGCAGAGGCCCAUAUACACUCCAGUAACUACGCUUCAACAACAGAGGGCAUCAUUGAAUCAGGGCCAUACAGAGGGUCAGCCAGCCUGCCCACGUCCCCAGCAACACCAGUAGCUCCCAGUAUGGCAGUGGGCGGCCGUCUGGCCCGCUCUGCCAGUGCUAGUCAGCCUGAGACAGGCCAGCAGACGAGCGGGGCCGUGGUUCUCGCGGAUGACUUGAAGAACCCCGCCAUGGAGAAACUGGACCUAGUGCGAAAGUGGAGCAUCAAUACGUACAAAUGCACCCGGCAGAUCCUGUCUGAGAAGAUGGGCCGGGGAUCCAAAACGGUGGACCUGGAGCUGGAGAGCCAGAUCGAGGUACUCCGCGACAACAAGCGACGCUACGAGCAGGUGGUCAAGCUGGCCCAGACCCUCUCCACCCAGCUGGCCCAGAUGAUGCACACCCAGAAGGCGCUGGGGGACGCCUUCGCCGACCUUAGCCUCAAGUCCCCAGAGCUCCAUGAGGAGUUUGGCUACAACGCUGAAACCCAAAGGCUUUUAUCCAAAAACGCAGAGACCCUUUUGAGCGCCAUCAACUUCUUCAUCGCCAGUGUCAACACGCUUGUAGAUAAAACCAUCGAGGACACCCUGAUCAACAUCAAGCAAUAUGAAGCCGCAAGGAUCGAGUACGACGCCUACCGCACGGACCUGGAGGAGCUGAACCUGGGCCCUCGCGACGCCUCCACCAUGCCCAAGAUAGAGCUCUCCCAGCAGCACUUCCAGGCCUACCGCGAGAAGUACGAGAGAAUGCGCAACGACGUCUCCAUCAAGCUUAGGUUUCUGGAGGAGAACAAGGUGAAAGUAUUGCACAACCAGCUCAUGCUGUUCCACAACGCCAUCGCUGCGUACUACGCGGGGAACCAGCAGCAGCUGGAACAGACACUCAAGCAGUUCCACAUUAAGCUGAAACUGCCAGGCGGCGACACUCCAUCUUGGCUCGAAGGGAACUAGUCACUCCGACGUGGCGGCCAUUACGGCUCAAAUCGUAGUUCUUUGACGGGGAAUGGACGGUUCCCCCAAAUCUCCACAAAACAGGGACACCUCCUAGUUUUUGCUUUUGUUUAUCACUCCCUGUUUAUCUAGGCUGUAAACCCUUCUCGAGGGCAACAAAAAAUGUAAAUGCUUAAGGUUGUUGGACUGCUUAUAUUAUUCUGAAUACUUUUGCUUCACUUGUCAGUUCUGCAAUUCUUUCAAAUCAUGGGAAAUGCACUUUUGUAUGGGGAGAGCGAUGCCUAGGGAAGCCUAUAGUUUCUAGAUGUGCCUCUUAGCGGUAGCCAGACCAGGUUUAUUUCAGCACAUAUAUGCUUCAUUCAUUUCAUGCGGUUAAACUGCCAUCUUAUGGUCCUGGCAUCAUUAUAUUAAUUUUUCAACUUAAUUAUCUUGGUUAUAGUCAAUAGCAUUUGGCAGAGGAAAAUCAUGAUUUGACUGUACAGAAUUCACAAUCACGUGCUCUCACGGUUUUCCGAUUUUCUAUAACGUUUCUAUGAAGAGAUUUGACUGGAUAAUGAAUUAUAUACAUAAAUUAUUUAACACUUUUGAAGGACCAGCCUUUUGAUUAGUUCCACUGUGCCUUGAUUGGUGUAUAUUGUUAAUGCUCCCCUGUUCUGGGACUCCAAACCCAAGCCCUUCCUCUGUUCCUGCCUUUUACAAUCUCACUGUUAAACACAGGAAAUGGACCAAAAUCGUGCACAAACGCACACAUACAUGCACAAAGUACAACUACAGCAAGGUGGACGACUGCACAAGAAAUCGGUGUACCCCGAGAUACCUAAAUGCCUUUUAAAAUAAUUAAUGUUUAAUACGUCAUGCAUACUGGGCAUGUAUGCAUUCGAGACCAAUCAUGAGUACCUUUUUGAUUUGUACGACGUGUACAAGAUGAAAAACCAAAUUACUUUGUCUAUUGGGACAAAAGACCAUCCUGAACCUUUUCCUCCUCAGCUGCUAACUCUUCAAUGACGAUUAAAUGAAACAGAAGUAAAUAUUUUGUGAAAGUAGUUUCUGGAAAAGGUAUGUCAUCUUAACUCUGUUUUGUACCAGUUGUAUGACUUUUGGUAGAAAGCAGAUGAGGACUUUGUUGUGAAUCAAACAGGUGUUCUCUUUAAAGCAUUUUCCAGAAGAAUAUAUAUUUGUAAUUUCCUCUAUUGCAUCUUUUGCUCAAUAAAAUUAAUGCUGACAUUU